UAAUUUUACAGAAAAAGAAAAAAAAAGGUUUUUUAUUUCUUCUUCUUCGAUCUCAUCAGAUCCCCUGUUUCUGAAUCGAAUCUAGGGCUUUUUUUUCGCCCCAUUUUCUCCGAAAAUUCAAUUUUGGCCCGUUAAUUACUCGGAUUUUUAUCCGUUUUACUCCGAAAAUUGAGGAUUAGGAAUUUUUUUUUUGUAUACAAAAACAUUUUUUUGUAUACGAAAUGAAAUGUAGAUUGAUUGAUUGGUUGAUCUGUUUUUUAUAGGAGAAUUUUGGGGCUUAUUUUUAGGGUUUUUUGGAUGAGGAUUUAAGGGGAAAGAUUUGAUUUUUUUGAGGAUUUUGGAUGGCGUCAGCUCAGGUACUAAAAAAGCAAGAGCAUUUGCAAGCUGGAAAAAAGAAGCUAGAGGAAUUUCGUAAGAAGAGAGCAGCAGAGAAGGCUAAAAAGACAACUUCAAAUACUCAACAGCUUGCCUCUGAUGGAGGCGUUGAUAAUCGGCAUUCAGGAAAUGAACACACUAGAACUAAGGACUCCAGUGGAGCUGCUACGUCUGAUGCUGUUGGCAGAUCUGUUCUAGAGCCAUCCGAAAUACAUGCUAAGCAUGAUUUUGCGAAGCCUGAUCCUACCCAGAAGUCUGAUUUAAUUUUUCCUAGUGAUUCUAGUACUGGUGCUACGCCUAGUUUGCACAAACACUAUGAUGAUGCUGUUGUUAAAGUCAACAGUUAUGAUUCUGGUUCUUCCAUCUCAGCAUUGUCUCAUUUAGAAAAUAAAGGGUCUAGAAGUGAUGAGAAUCUCAAGGUUUCUCAAACAGCAAGUGAUACUUAUGACAACGCUGGGAAGAGGGAGAGUGAUGGGGCCUUAGAAAGUGUUCCAUUCGGGUUUGCGACUAACCACUCUACAGCCACUUUUCCUCCAUUCCUCAAUAAUGACAGAACUUCCAGUCAUUUCACUUAUGAUGAUAUGGGUAAACACAUAUCGGAGGAGAGCCAUGCAAAGGAUCUUUCUGUAACUAAUGAUGGUACUUCUCAUGCUUUUCCGGCUAAUGUAUCACCUUCGAAUCCAUUUGGGUCUCGUGACGACAAACCACGUUAUACAGAUCGCUGGGCUAGUGACAUGACUUCCGCUUCCUAUGGUGAUUAUGUGCCUGGUGCUACCACUGUCACACAAUUUUAUCCUGAAGUUGGGAGAAAUGUUGCUGGUGUGGGGUCUAAUAAUUUUGUAGUGCCUGAUAAAGGAUACAGCCAGUUAAACAGCUCUGCUCUUCACUCAACUAAAACUUCUUCUUGGACAUCGGACUCCAAGUAUGAUGGUUUUAGUUUUGAUGCUAGAAGUUCUUCUAGUUACUCACAGAUGUCCCCGCCCACAGCUGGGGCGACUGGGAGGAGAACUCCCUCUUUCCUUGAUUCCAUGAACAUUUCAAAAGUCUCUGCUGCAUCCCCUCCCUCAAUCGGAUCAGUUACUACAGACACAUAUGACUCAAUGGCUUAUCCUAGGGACACUCUGGGUUUAUCAAGUUCUGAGAACUUAACAAAUUCCAAAAUUUCUGGUAAUGGGUCAGUUCUGUACAAGCAUGCUGUUGAGAAAGAUAUGGGCAAUUUGGACAACAGACAUCCAUUUGAUUCACAGAAGCAAAAUGAAGAUUUUGCUGCGUUAGAACAGCAUAUUGAAGAUUUAACACAAGAGAAGUUCUCUCUACAACGUGCUCUUGAGGCUUCGCGAACUCUAGCAGAGUCUCUGGCGGCUGAAAAUUCAACUUUGACAGAUAGUUAUAAUCAACAGGGAAGUUUUGUUGGCCAACUAAAAGCUGAGAUGGAGAGGUUGCAAGAGGAGAUUAAAGCCCAUCUGAGUGAGCUUGAAGCCGUGAAAAUGGAAUAUGCGAAUGUACAAUUGGAAUGUGAUGCUGCUGAUGAGCGUGCCAAGUUAUUGGCUUCUGAAGUGAUUGGCUUGGAAGAGAAGGCACUUCGUCUAAGAUCUAAUGAGCUUAAGCUGGAGAAAGAAUUGGAGAAGUCACAAGCUGAAAUGUCUUCUUACAAAAAGAAAAUCGCAAGCCUUGAAAAAGAUCGUCAAGAUCUGCAAUCAACAAUCGAUGCUUUAAAGGAAGAAAAGAAGCUCUUGCAAUCCAAAUUCCUAAUAGCUUCUGCUAAUGGAAAGUCAGUUGAUCCUAGCAGGAAUAUGCCUACAAAAAUAGAUGUAUCAACUUCUACAGAGGAUCUUCGUGAAGAUAAUAUUGCAAGUGGUACCAUAAAUGAUACUAAUUUGGUUGGUAUUGAUGGCCCCACCACCUCUUCCCUGCCCGAUUUUGGACAGUUUAGUCUCGGAAGUUUGUCACCAGCCAUUCCUCCAGAUCAGAUUAGGAUGAUCCAAAACAUUAAUACAUUAAUUUCUGAGUUAGCCUUGGAGAAAGACGAAUUAACAAAAGCCCUGUCAGUUGAAUCAUCUCAGUGCUCUACAUUGAAGGAGUUAAACAAGGACUUAACUCGGAAGCUUGAAGUUCAAACACAAAGAUUGGAGCUUUUAACUGCUCAAAGCAUGGCAAAUGAUAACAGCCAAGCAAGACAACCAGAUGCCGUGUCUGUACAUGACAAUAUGCCAUAUUCUGAUGAGAAUAUGCCAUAUGCUGAUGAAGGAGAUGAGGUGGUGGAACGGGUAUUGGGAUGGAUCAUGAAACUAUUUCCUGGAGGGCCAUCAAGACGACGAACUAGCAAGCUUCUCUAAUCUCCAUGGCAAGCGUACAAUGAUGAGUUAUCCCUGCGAAAAGCUGGUCUUUUUCUUCUCUCCGGCCCUGCAUUUUUGUAGCCAAACGGAGUCUGGAUUUUGUACAUUAUCCAUGGUUUAUACACACACAUUGCAUUCUUUUCCCCCAGAAGAAGCAAAUUGUAUCUAAGAGGCAUUUUGGAAGAUGGAAUAGCUGUUCUCGACAGUUUUGGCAAUAAAACAUGACCGUGUAGUUUACAAGAGAAUUCGUUUAUCAAACAUUGUAAUGAAGAUCAAGAUGUGUUUAGUUGUCAAUCAUGAGAGAAAAAAACUUCAAAUGUUUCUUACUUUUCAUGUGGAAAUGAUGUUAAGAUCUUUUGACAUUGUAUUCCUUAUGUUGUAUUUGUUGAAAGCUGGGGCUUAAGAAAAGCCCAAUAUAUCAAAAAGAUGAUUUUGGCUGUCCUUUGAA